AGCAUCUCAAAAUCCCAACUGCUAAAACUAAAAGCCUUAGAUCUAAGCAGAGCCACCUCAAAAAUCUCUCCAUUUUUUUUCUCUUUACUCAGAUUUCCUGCCCUUGUUUUGGAACAUUAGUUACUUUUUAUGUCAAAAAUGCCGAAGAAGAAUUGUGUUAAUAGAGCAUGGAACCUCCUGAGGGUGGCAUUAAUGUUAUGGACGAGGAAAGGAGGUGUUUUCAAGCGACGACUGGCGAUGGAGCUCCGGCUGGGAGCUAAGUACUUGAAGAGUCUAGGACAUAGAGCUUAUCGAGAUCAGAUCCAUUACGGUGAACGUGAGCUCACUUUCGAUAAGACUCCGAUUUUCCACGUCAAGAUGCACCGUCCAGCCUCCAUGCGGUUCCUCUUCCCUUGCAUAGGCGCGGAGCAAGUUGAUUUCGAUUAUGAUUUUGGCGAUGAUGGAGUUUAUGGAUAUGAUAGUGGGAGGAAGAGUUUCUUGAAAGGAGAAGCUGAAGAAGAAGAAUAUGGGUACGACUGUUGUGAACAGAAGGCUCCGGGCGAAGAAGAAGAAGAAGAAGAAGAGAUUGAUUCCAAGGCGGAGGCCUUCAUAGCCAAGUUCUAUGAGCAAAUAAAGCUGCAGAGACAGUUUUCAUAUUUGCAGUACACUGAGAUGCUGAAUAGAGGUGCCAGUUGAUUCUGAAAUCUGCUUUUGUUAAUUCGUUCCCUCUUCUCUAAUAGUUUUGGAUCCACGACUCUUACAGCAUUUUCCAGAUAGAGACAUAUAUAUAUAUAUAUAUAUAUAUAUGGCAGUAUAUUUUGUACAAAUACCGAGGCUUCGAGUGUUUGCCAUUUUACUAAAUAAGAACUACAAUUUGAU